GUGAGAGGUAGGGAGGACUUGCAAUAUCAGCGCAGACCUGCCAACAUGUAUGAAUUUGUCAUACUGAGCAUACAAUAUGAAUCUCUGAAUACACUCGUAUGCUUCACUGCUCUCCAUUUUGUUGCAUAUUGCUGGUUUUAGUUUCGGGUUCAGUCUGUACAGUACAGAUAAAUAAAUAUCAGUUUCUCACUAGUAUUUCAAAUCGCCGGGGGCGAAAACAUUUCUGUCCCCCGGUGGGGGCAUGACAGAAAAUGCGACUGCCCUAAAGGCACUGUUUGCAAUGGGUCGGCGGCUGCCAAGAGGGCGCUAACUUUUCAAAGUGCCAUGGUGUACAAUGUCAGCCAUGUUCAGGAUUAUGGAGUCCACAUUAUACAAGACUUGUUCCAUCUAUUCUAUAUGAGCAGGACAUAAACAAAAGCUGGGAUCAUGGUCUGAGUUAUGGGAACUCAAAAAUGGGAGGCAGAUGCGGCAGAAGAUGAGUCUCUUUAUUUCUCCAGCAUAUGGUAUGGCUGCAGGACCCGCCAUCACCCCUCAAUGAAAAGUGGUGACCCAAAUUGCGGAAAUAUUUCAACUCAAACUUUGCCUUGGUUACACUGGUGGCGUAGCAAGCAUAAGAAUAGCACAAACAAGAACGGGAGGUGCAUUCACAGACAUUAGGUCAUUACAUUUUUUUGCCCAGGCAAUGACCCGUGACCCACUGAAAACCAGUUGAGAAUCACAGCACUAAGGUAUCCUGUGUGACAAAUACAAAUGUGCUUACACCAAGAGCAGGAAUUAAAUACAGCUUAUUUUGUUUUCAUCAUUUUUGAUCAUUUUUUUGUUUAAAGACCCCACUUGGGACGUACUCACUUUUGCUAAAGUGCAGAGAUUCCUUGAAGAGACUGCAUCAAAAUCCAGCAACAGUCCUUGGAUGAGAGGGAGAAGACAGGCAGGCACCGUGGUGACACAUUUCUCACCUCACAGUGAAAUGUUUAAUGGUCCCAAUGUCCAAUUAGACCACGUGGCUCAAGUGUGUGCAGGAGCGUAUAUCUACAUGCGUCGUCCCUAACUGGGAUCACUUGUGAAGCAGAGCAGAUUGACCCAGGCAGCAGUUGGACCUGUUUGGACACAUUAGUUGAGCCCAAAGGAAGUGACAGUGAGUAUUGUAGAGGAUAGUGAAUCAUGGAGGAACUGGCACGGGAGAGCAUCAGCCUGCUGGCUCGGUCCGCAUCCCAUUCUGAUCCCCCACAGCUCGGAUCCUUUGGUGCAGUGUUCAUCAUGCUGAAGUCUGCGCUCGGAGCUGGACUACUAAACUUCCCUUGGGCCUUCCAGAAGGCGGGGGGAGUGACCACUGCUGUUAGUGUGGAGCUGGUGUCUCUGGUGUUCCUCAUCAGCGGACUGGUCAUCCUCGGCUAUGCCUCGUCCGUCAGCAGACAAAAGACCUACCAGGAUGUGGUGAGAGAAGUGUGUGGACGUGCGGUCGGUCAACUGUGUGAGGUCUGUUUCUGCUUCAACCUCUUCAUGAUAUGCGUCGCCUUCCUGGUGGUGGUGCAGGACCAGCUGGAGAAAUUGUGUAUGUCUCUCUAUGAGACGGUGACCAGGUCAGGUGAAGAGGAAAUGCCCUAUCAUUGGUACACUGAUCAGCGCUUUGCCCUGUUUGUCCUGUGUCUCGUCAUCAUCCUACCGCUUUCCAUCCCAAAAGAAAUUGGCAUCCAGAAAUACACAAGUGUGCUGGGGACACUGGCUGCAACCUACCUGUGUGUGGCAGUGAUUGUCAAAUACUACCUGAUGGAGAACCACAUUGCCAUUAUAACACCAGAGCACAGCCAAGGUGUCGGAUCCUGGGCAUCCAUGUUCAGCGUUGUGCCGACCAUCUGCUUUGGUUUCCAGUGUCAUGAAGCCUGUAUAGCCAUCUACAGUAGCAUGGAGAACCAGAAGAUCAUGCACUGGGUGGUCAUUUCUGUCAUCUCCAUGCUCUUCUGUCUGCUCAUCUACACUCUCACUGGAGUGUAUGGCUUCAUGACAUUUGGUCGGGCGGUUGCCUCCGAUAUCUUGAUGUCAUAUCCAGGGAAUGAUGUUGUCAUGAUCAUUUCCAGACUGCUUUUUGGAAUAUCAAUCAUUACCAUCUAUCCUAUUAUUCUUCUUUUAGGGAGAUCUGUCAUCCUGAACCUGAUGGUGCGGGUCCAAAGGCGUCGGCGGGGAAUCGUCACAACCUCGUUUGAGAGUCGCUGCAGGGUGCUUCUCACUGUGAUCUGGAUCACCGUCACUCUACUUAUUGCCAUGUUUGUCCCUGACAUGGGCGAAGUCAUCAGCGUCAUCGGAGGAAUCAGUGCCUUCUUCAUAUUUAUCUUUCCUGGUCUUUGCUUGGUGUUCAUCAUGCAAAAUGAACCUGUGAGUCCAAGAGUCAGGAUAGUUUUAACCAUCUGGGGAAUCAUAACGAUUGUUGUCGGAGCCUUCAUCUUUGGACAAAGUACGACUAUUGCUGUCAUGGAGCUUCUACACAAAUUCUGAGUGUCUCAGGGGCUAUCCACACGGAAACAUUUUCACGUCAAAGAGAAGGGCAAUGUAUUUUAUCGUUUCAGCCUCUCGUCCACAUGGAAACGGCGUUCUGGGUGCCCUGAGACGGUAUUUUUUGAAAACGGCUUCCAGAGUGGGAAAAUCAGUGUCAUUUUCCUAUAGACAGCCGAACCGCUGUUUUUCAGAAACGAUGACGUCACCACCCUGUUGCCGUCACGUAACCGGAAGUGAGCUUUGAUGACAAGCCAACAUAAUAUCUGAAUAUUUUGACAGCCACCACCACAGUCGACAUUCUCCUGAUAUUUUGUUGUCUUUUUCUCCAAAAUGAUUCGUAGAAGUAAAUCCACUUCGUCCUAAAUCUAGAUGAGCCUUGGAAACCAGAAGACGACGGACUUAUGCGCAUGCGUUUUUUUCUUGUUCUAUAGUUUGGUGUGUCACGUGGCUCCCUCUGCGUGUCUGUUUACAGCGCCACAUGUAGGUGUGCCCUGUGUAUUACAUCUUUUCACCUAGUGAUCUGUUCCAGUCUGAUUGCAGCAAUUUACUAAUCCGGCACAGUGUGGAUUUUUUUCAACCCGCCAAAAAAAAAAAAAAAUCCCAGGAACGUUCCUGUGUGGACAGGGCCUCACUCUCUGCUACUUCAUCAUCAUGGUGCUCCAAAGUGACUUCAGGGUGCUGGAUGGUGCUCUUCUGUUUUGCACGACUGAACGUUACAUUUUUAAAGUGUCUGUGAUAUCAUCUGGAUCAGACUGCUUUCAUGUUUUAUUUGUUUUAUCUGUGUGUGUUAUUGU